CGCAGACCUUCGUCGCGCCUUCUAUUCUAGCCCUCCCUGCAUCCUUCAUGCACGUCUGCUGCACCACCAAAAAGAAAUCUGUCCUCACCACCAAUUCGCACCUCGACUGACGAUAUCGUCGCCUCCGACGCACCGCUGACCAUCACCUCCCCACUUCCAUACACCACCCGCGACAACAAAGACCGCGCUCGAACAGAUCCAACCCGGCCGUCUGGCCACCUCCUGCCGACCACCUCCGACGACAUCCAGAUCAUGCUCACCAUGGCCUCACACGCCUCCAUUCAAGACCGCACCCCCGAGUUCCGCUCCAUUCUCCAACAGGCACAAAAAUCGAUUGCCCGCCAGCGAAAACAACCCCUCGGCGCACAGUCCCAACCAUUAAUCUCCCAACAAAAUGGCACUGCGACACCCCCGACUCGAGCGCAGCGGAGCGAGUUUGCGCGGAAUGCCGCCGCCAUCGGCCGAGGCAUCAGCGCCACCAUGGGUAAACUGCAGAGGUUGGGCGAGCUGGCAAAGCGAAAGACACUCUUCGAUGACAGACCCGUGGAGAUCGCGGAACUCACAUAUGUCAUCAAGCAAGAUCUGGCAGGCUUGAACCAGCAAAUUGGAAACCUACAGCAAUUGCAAAGAACACAGAAUGGACAGGCUUCGGGUGCGCAGCAGGAGGGCGAACACAACAAGAAUGUGGUCAUGCUGCUACAAGGGCGAGUCGCGGAUGUGGCUGUCAACUUCAAAGAGGUCCUCGAGGUGCGCACCAAGAACAUCCAAGCCAGCCGAAGUCGACAGGAGAACUUCGUUGGCGAAGUGGGGAGAUCAAGUGCCGCGCAAGAAAGAUUGGAACCGGGAAGGACCGAUUCUCCUUUAUAUCAGACACCCAGUCGAGGGCGAAGUCCCAAGCCUGGAAAAACAGGCCCUUCAAGUCAAGGCCAGGAUGUCCUAUCUCUGGAGCCUUCUGGAGGAUCAGCAUUAUACUCUGGCACAGGAGCGCCAAUGCAAGCCUCUCAACAACAAUUACAACUAAUGGAAGAAGGGUCGUCAUCCAACAGCUACAUUCAACAACGAGGUGAAGCCAUCGAAGCCAUCGAGCGCACCAUCAAUGAGCUCGGCGGUAUCUUCGGCCAACUGGCGCAAAUGGUCUCGGAACAAGCCGAACAGAUCCAGCGCAUUGAUGCAAAUACCGACGAUGUCGUGGAUAAUGUCGAAGGUGCCCAACGAGAACUGAUGAAGUACUGGAGUCGCGUGCAAGGCAACCGCUGGCUCAUCGCGAAGAUGUUUGGCGUUUUGAUGAUUUUCUUUUUGUUGUGGGUACUCAUUGCGGGCUGAGCGAACAUCACCACUUUAUCGCAUCGCGGGGCAGGAAAAGACAAAGAUGAGACACGAGGAGUCAGCGACAACACCAGAUGGCUGAUAUCUCUUUUUGGGAAAAAGGGGAAGGGACGAUUGACGGAGGUGUGGCAUACUAGACCUAGACGGCCUACUUCCUCUGAGCGGCGGAAAGCCUUUCUAGUGAUUCUUUUGCCUUCUGGACAGGGGGUUUCCUUCCAGAAGGAUGUUCUGUUCUGACUAGUGUACAGCUUGGGACUUCCUUUUCGUUUUCGAUUCAAGGCAGAUUUAAUGUGUAAAGACGGGCGUGUCCGUAUGUAUGCGAUACUGAAAGAUAGACACGCUGGACGUGCGACG